AUGAAACCAAAUGAGGAAAGUAAGUUAAAUUUGGACCGGUGGGGAACGGUUAUCAAUGCGGUUAUCAGGAGCGGUUACCGGUUAUCGGGGCGGUUAUCGGUUGGGUUAUCGGUUAUGGGUGCAGUUUUCGGUUCUCGGUGCGGUUAUCGGUUAUCACUGCGGUUAUCGGUUCGGGAUCGCGAAAUAAUUGGCUAUGAUGAUGCCGGCGAGGAGGACGACAAGCGCAAUGACGAUGUGAAGUACCGCUCCCCUGUGACGCUUGUUCUCCGUAAGAGCUAG